AUGGAAAAGGAAAGACAUGAUACUAUUUCUCCCAGAGAUGUUUCAGAAGCCUGUUCACGAAAUGUGGAUGACUCAAGUUCGAGUGACGUUGAUGAACCAAGAGAUGAAAAGGUUUCACAACCACGGUCACGUUGGUUAAAGUUUUUUAAAUUAUGGAAGAAAAGUUUUACCAAGAGGGUACCAUCCUUGCCACCUGCGGCACCUAAGUCAUCAAGAACAAAAACCUUGAAUUCUACACAACACCCAGAUGUAAAUUUAUGUCAUCUCGAAUCUUCAUGGAAAAUCUUUACACUUGAAGAGCUUAAAUAUGCAACAGACAAUUUUAGCGAGGAGAAAGUGAUCGGAAGGGGAGGUUUUGCUAAUGUUUACAAGGGUUGUUUGGACGAUGGAAGGUUGGUGGCAGUAAAACGACUCAAUAGAGGGACCACAGAAGAGCAAAUAAUAGGAUUUCUUUCGGAGAUUGGAACCAUAGCUCACGUAAACCAUCCUAAUACAGCUACAUUGAUAGGGUAUGGAAUAGAAGGGGGAACACAUCUCGUUAUGGAGUUAUCUCCCCAUGGAAAUUUAGGAUCUCUAUUGCGAGGUGCAAAAGAGAAACUAAAUUGGGGGGCAAGAUAUAAGAUUAUACAUGGAACAGCUAAUGGCUUGUUAUAUCUUCAUGAGAAUUGUCAAAGGAGAAUUAUACAUAGGGAUAUUAAGGCAGAUAACAUUCUUCUUAUGGAGAACUUCGAACCACAGAUAUGUGAUUUUGGUCUUGCUACAUGGCUACCAAAAGAGUGGAGUCAUCAUAAUGUAUCAAAAUUUGAAGGCACAUUUGGAUAUUUUGCUCCAGAGUACUUUAUGCAUGGGAUAGUAGACGAGAAAAUCGAUGUCUUUUCUUACGGUGUACUAGUUUUGGAACUUAUAACCGGGCGUCAAGCUUUAGAUGAUUCACAAAGAAGUCUUGUACUUUGGGCCAAACCAUUAAUGGAAGCUAAUGAAAUAAGAGAACUAGUUGAUCCUUCUCUUGGCGAUGAUUAUGACCAUGAGGAAAUGGAACGUGUAAUUUUGGCAGCUUCCUUAUGUAUCGAACUCACUCCUGUUCUCCGUCCUCGAAUGAGUCAGGUUGUGAUGCUAUUAAGACGCGAUUAUGAUCCCAAAGGUUCGACAACUCAACAGAAAAAACAAGCAUUUCAAAGAACUUAUUCAGAAGAGCUUAUGGAUGCUCAAGAGUACAAUUCAACAAAGACUCUUAAUAAUAUGCCUCGAGUGUGA